GGGCGUGGCUAAGAGGGCAGGUGAGCGGGAGGGGGGAAAAGAAGAGAGCUGGAGGAGGAGGAGAGAUCGCGCCCGACACUCCGCGAAAGAGACCGGUCGCCGCUGCCCAGCAGGAGCGACCCUCGCCCCCCCCCCCGCGAUCCGCUUGAACCCACAGCCGGCCGACCGAAGAGCAUCCGCCAAGGCGGGGGUGAGGCAAUGGGUAGCCCUGAAGAUGAUCUGAUUGGCAUACCUUUCCCGGAACAUAGCAGCGAAUUACUGGGUCGUCUGAACGAGCAACGUCGCCGAGGGAUGCUGUGCGACGUCACCCUCCGAGCCCAGGGCUCCGAGUAUCAGAGUCACCGGGCAGUAUUGGCUGCCUGCAGCCGCUACUUCCAAAGGCUUUUCGCCGGCCCCAGCAUGGCCGUGUGCGAGCUGGAUUUCGUGGGGGCGGAAGCCUUGGGGGCCCUGCUGGACUUCGCCUACACCGCCACCCUGACCAUCAGCACGGGCAGUCUCUGCGAGGUGCUGCGCGCCGCACGGAUCCUGGAGAUACCGUGCGUCAUCGCGGCUUGCGUGGAGAUCCUGCAAGGGAACGGUUUGGAGGCUCCCGUGCCGGAUGACGCCGCUCGAGAACGCGCCCGGCGUUACCUGGAAGCUUUUGGCACGCUGCCCAACUUGGAAGGUGACCUGGCUGAGCCCCCCACGUGUCCAGCUCCCCGCCGUAGCAAGAAAACACGCAAGUUCCUUCAAGCCAGGGGUUCACGGCUAAACAACCACAUUACAGAGGUUUCCCCUUCAUUGUCGCCAUCCUCAACGGGAACUCAGGAGCGCCCCAGUCCACCCAGCCAGGCAUCACCUGCCCCAGCAUUGGGCCACCCCCGUGAGGAGGAGGAGGAAGUCAUGGCCCCCUCUCGCACCUUUUCCUUCCCGUACGGUCUCUCCCCAGAAGAUCUGGGUUCAGACGACGAGCACAUGGAUCAGGACAUCGUAUCCUACAUGCGUCGGCUAAACCAGGAGGGGCUGUCCGUGGGAAUCGAUCCGCCAGACAAGCUGGUACGCAAACGGCGCUCACAGAUGCCCCAGGAAUGUCCUGUAUGUCACAAGAUCAUCCAUGGGGCAGGCAAACUACCUCGUCACAUGAGGACCCACACUGGGGAGAAACCAUUCGCCUGUGACGUGUGUGGUGUCCGUUUUACCAGGAACGACAAACUCAAGAUCCACAUGCGCAAACACACUGGCGAGCGCCCCUAUUCAUGUCCCCACUGCACGGCUCGCUUCCUGCACAGCUACGAUCUGAAAAACCACCUUCACUUGCACACGGGUGCCCGUCCCUAUGAGUGCUGCCUUUGCCACAAAGCCUUCGCCAAGGACGACCACCUCCAGCGCCACCUGAAAGGCCAGAACUGUCUGGAAGUUCGGACCAGGCGCCGGCGGAGGGGUCCCGAUCCGGAGACCGAUUCCCUGAUACCUACCGGCAUCGCCUUGGCCUCUGCUCAACUUGGCUUGACCAACGGGCGCGUGGAGGAGCUACACAACUACUGGCCUGCUGGAGUGGCCGCCAGGUCACCCGCCCCCAAAGAGGAAGAGGAGGAGGAAGAGGAAGAAGGGGCUGUAGAGGGGGUGCAGAAGGAUGGCCCAACACCAGCUGGCCCAACACCAGCUGUCCAAACGGCGUAACUUCCUCGGACGGCCAUCACCACAAAACUCGUUUGUGCACUAUCUCUAUUCAUUCGCUCGGACAGACCGUUGAUGGCGAGAUGAUAUAGCAUUCCCCGGACAUUGUCACGGAGACCAAAUGCACUAGGACCCCCCCUUCCCCACUCUCCCGAUCCGUGCCUUAAGCAGCCUAUAAAGCCAAGGAGAGUGGGGUCAAGUGGACAGGAGGUGGACAGUGGGCAUCAAGGGCCAAUCGGUGCAUGUUUGCUCAGGGUGUCUCAAAUAAGCAUAUAUUUGCAGGGAAGGAAGUACAGUGGAGUUUUGCUUCCCCAGCGGAUGAAAAACGAAUGGGUUAUGGGGCAGGGAGGAGCAGCACUUGGGGUGGGGGCUAUUGGGGGGGGCAUUGCUUCACAUUAGGAAGGAGAAAAGAGUCAGAAUAGGGGCAAUUUCUUCUUUCCCUUCUCUGUUAAGGAUAUCGUUUUAGGAUCAGGAAGAGAGACGAGAGGUAAACUUGAUUUCUUUUCCUGUUCAGGGUGCAGAAAUUCAAUUAUAAACAAAUUUUCUUGCUCGGAGGGCCCGGGAUCCACUUGGAUGACAUGUCAGGGAUCAAUUGCUGCAUAUUGGGUCUCCCCCUCCCCCAAUUUCAGGAAGUUAAAAAGAAUAAAAUGUCUCCCCCCCCCCCCCCCGGCACCACCAGAUCAUUCCUAACGGCCUUUCUGCAGAGCAGGGGGCCUGACCUGGCCUCUCGCUCUCAAUCCCAUCAUCCACAGACUUGCUGAAUAGGGGAGAUAGGAGUGGUAUCCUUGUUCCCCCGCCCCCCACCCCUCAGGGCAUCCUGCAGAUAGUCCUCGACUUAUAAGAAUUCAUUUAGCGAAUGUUCGAAGUUACAACAGCACUGGGGGAAAAAAAUGGACUUUUUCGCACGUAAUGACCGUUGCGGCCUCCCUGCGGGUCACCUGAUCAAAAUUCAGAUACUUGGUUCAUACUUACGAUGGUCAUGUGAUCCUUUUUUUGCGGCGGUCUGACAAAAUCACGGGGGGGGGGGGGAAGACAGCUUCACUUAACAAGUCUGCUGCAAACUUAGCAAUUGCAGAGAUUCACUUAACAAGAACGGUCGUAAAAUGGAAGGUGGGGGGGGAACUCCCUUAAAACAUCUGUCUCGCUUAGCGAUCGGCAUUUUGGUCACAAGUCGAGGACUAUCUGUAUCCCUUAAGCUUGGGCCGCGCACGCUGCAUCCAUCCAGUCGGGCGUGCGGACCCAGCCCAGUGUUCCGGUCUGGAGAUUCCCACCCGAUUCCAGAAAUCCAGUUUAGGAAAAUGGGAAUUCCUUCCGUCACAAAAUCCCCUGACCUAAGCUUGGCUGCCCCCUGGUGGCUGUCUUGCACGGUGCAGAAGGCUAUUUUCUGCACACUCGCUUGGAUCCUUUAUCUAGCUUUGCCCCCCCCAACCCCCAGCAAUGAAGGGGUGGGUGCUGCAAGAAAACCUGCCCCCCUUCCUACAUCCGUGUCCCCCCCCAGCUUGUUACAAAACAAUUAGCACAUAAAUAUGGGAGGGGGAGAAAGGCUUCUUCCUGUAACCCCCAUCUUCCCCCAUUGCUCAAACCUGCCCCUCCCCCUCCUCAACCAAAGGUACCCCGAGGCAGUUUGCACAAAACGAAUAUUAUUUUUUUAAUUAUUAUUAUUAUUAUUUUUAAAAAAGGAAUGACCCCCACCCCCCAAGAACUCUUCUGCAUCCUUUUUCCUUGAAUUUCCUGACUCGAUUGCACUAAAAUAUGCCUUCACGGUGGGAAGUUUCUCACUCCUGUCUUUGUUUGCACACUUUUUUAUUUUUUAUUUUUUUUUGCAUUUUCCUGGAGACCGAGAGAUUAAAAUUAGGGAGGAGUGUGUGCGUGUGUGUGUUUGGAACCCACAGGAAGCUCCCGCCCUCCAGAAGUAUUUGCCGAGAGUUAAUCUGUAUUUAAGAGAGAUAAUAUAUUUUAUCCCCCCUCCCCCGCUGUUUCCCUUCCCCUUCAAUCCCCAUCUCCCCUUCCCUUCCAGGAAAAAGAGGAAGUAAUUGAAUUUUCCUUAGCCUUAAAAGUGCCUUUGCGUUUAAACUUGAAUUAGCUACUUGAAACCAAGAAAGGAGGAAGAGAGAGAGAGAGAGAGAGAGAGAGACAGCAGGUUCCCGAUUAUUUUAUGCAACGUUUCCUGUCUUAUUUCCUCGGUUUCCACAUUGGAAAACGUUUUUUUACGGUCUGCGGAGUAAACCGCUCCUUCUCUUGCAGUGUCCUACCUGGCAGGGGUAGCGCUACUCGAAGUGAGGGUGGGGGGGGAAGCUUAUUUACUUGGACUGUGGGAAAACAGGACUGACUCUUCCUGCUUCGGUUUUAUUUUUUUAAAACGAUUGUUAUUGUUGUUAGUGUGCUGGAAUUCAAGGGGACUUUUUUUUUUUGGUCUGUGCCGAGGGCUUGAUAAUAAAAUUGGAGAGCAGGGAACCGUG